AUGAAACGCAAGAACGAAGAUAAUGCCUCACAAGUUGGUCGUAAUGUACGCAAAAUUCAGCCUAAUAGUAAAAGUGAAAAGAAUUCUACAACAGUUAGCAAUAAUAGCAAGACCGCGAUUAAAGGUCGAAGCGUACUCAUACAGACCCCAGCUAAUAAGAAAGUAGCGGAUUCCUUACAAACACGAAAAUUAGAGUUAGAAGAAUUAAAGACACUCCGGGAAGAAAACGUCGUGCUUAAUAAGGAAAUUGAACAAAUGAAAGCCGAACGAAAGAGAUUGUUGGAGGAAAGAAGUAAACUUAGAGAAGAAAAGAGACGAAGCACGUUAGAAAAAGGAACAUUGAUGGCAGAUGUUUGUCAGAUGGAACAUCGUCUCGCAUGUGAGGAAGCACGAGUGGUUGAACUUGAAGAAAUUCGGGCCAAUUGUCAAAAUCAAUUAAGCAUUUUAAAUGGAGAAAACAUCCAACUUGAUCGAGAUCGAGAUCUUUACAGAAAUGAAUUGAAUAUUGCCAAUGAAAAGAUCUUGACGCAAACAAAAAAGUUAACAGAACAACAAUCACUGAUUGAUGUUCUUACAACGAAAUUGCAAGAACAAGAAAGUAUUUGUCAAGGUCUUAGAAAUUCGAUCGAAAAGUUGAAAGCCAAACAAUAG